GGCGGUCGGCGGCGGCCGCUACGGUGCUGACAAGAUGGCGGCUGGCGGGGCUGUCGCUGCGGCGCCCGAGUGCCGGCUUCUGCCCUACGCGCUGCACAAGUGGAGCUCUUUCUCCUCCACCUACCUUCCCGAAAACAUUUUAGUGGAUAAACCAAAUGACCAAUCUUCAAGGUGGUCUUCAGAGAGCAACUAUCCUCCCCAGUAUUUGAUUCUGAAGCUUGAAAGGCCUGCUAUAGUCCAGAAUAUCACAUUUGGAAAAUAUGAGAAAACUCAUGUCUGCAAUUUGAAGAAAUUUAAAGUCUUUGGUGGAAUGAAUGAAGAAAAUAUGACAGAACUGUUGUCUAGUGGCUUAAAGAAUGAUUAUAACAAAGAAACGUUCACCUUGAAGCAUAAAAUUGAUGAACAGAUGUUCCCUUGUCGAUUCAUUAAAAUAGUUCCGCUCUUGUCCUGGGGACCCAGCUUUAACUUUAGCAUCUGGUAUGUUGAACUUAGUGGCAUAGAUGAUCCUGAUGUAGUACAACCCUGUCUCAACUGGUAUAGCAAGUACCGUGAACAGGAAGCCAUUCGCCUUUGCCUAAAACACUUCCGACAGCACAAUUAUACAGAGGCCUUUGAAUCACUGCAGAAGAAAACCAAGAUUGCCCUGGAACAUCCCAUGUUAACAGAUCUGCACGACAAACUGGUUUUGAAGGGUGAUUUUGAUGCUUGUGAAGAAUUGAUUGAAAAAGCUGUAAAUGAUGGCUUGUUUAAUCAGUAUAUCAGUCAACAGGAAUAUAAGCCGCGGUGGAGUCAAAUCAUUCCAAAAAGCACCAAAGGUGAGCCAACCCUUUCAGGUUGCAAAGGUGAUGGAGAAGAUAACCGACCGGGAAUGCGAGGAGGCCAUCAAAUGGUCAUUGAUGUUCAAACAGAGACCGUUUAUUUGUUUGGUGGCUGGGAUGGAACACAAGAUCUUGCGGACUUCUGGGCGUACAGUGUGAAGGAGAACCAGUGGACAUGUAUCUCUAGAGACACUGAGAAAGAGAAUGGUCCUAGUGCCAGGUCAUGUCAUAAAAUGUGCAUUGACAUUCAGCGAAGGCAGAUCUACACAUUAGGACGUUAUUUGGACUCCUCUGUGAGGAACAGCAAAUCUCUGAAAAGUGACUUCUAUCGUUAUGACAUUGACACAAACACGUGGAUGUUACUGAGUGAGGACACUGCUGCUGACGGAGGACCGAAAUUGGUGUUUGAUCAUCAGAUGUGUAUGGAUUCAGAAAAACAUAUGAUCUACACAUUUGGUGGCAGAAUUUUGACAUGUAAUGGCAGUGUAGACGACAGCAGAGCCAGUGAACCCCAGUUCAGUGGAUUGUUUGCUUUCAACUGUCAGUGUCAAACCUGGAAACUUCUUCGAGAAGACUCCUGUAAUGCUGGGCCUGAGGACAUCCAGUCUCGAAUAGGACACUGCAUGCUAUUCCACUCAAAAAACCGUUGCUUAUAUGUAUUUGGUGGCCAGCGGUCAAAGACCUAUUUGAAUGAUUUCUUCAGUUAUGAUGUGGACUCUGACCAUGUAGACAUAAUAUCAGAUGGCACCAAGAAGGAUUCUGGGAUGGUUCCAAUGACAGGAUUCACACAGAGAGCAACCAUUGAUCCAGAACUGAAUGAAAUACACGUCUUAUCUGGACUCAGCAAAGACAAGGAAAAGAGGGAGGAGAAUGUCAGAAAUUCAUUCUGGAUUUAUGACAUUGUGAGGAAUAGUUGGUCUUGUGUAUAUAAGAAUGAUCAAGCUGCAAAGGAAAAUCCAAGUAAAAGUCUUCAGGAGGAAGAGCCAUGUCCAAGAUUUGCCCACCAGCUUGUGUACGAUGAGUUACACAAGGUUCAUUAUUUAUUUGGUGGGAAUCCAGGAAAAUCCUGUUCUCCAAAGAUGAGAUUAGAUGACUUCUGGUCACUGAAGUUGUGUAGGCCAUCAAAAGAUUACUUACUGAGGCAUUGCAAAUACCUCAUAAGAAAACACAGUUUCAGCUCCUAGCGUCAGCUCUGUUCAGAUCUGGUUCUGACUUUACAGCUCUAGGUAAGUAUUCCAGUGUAUUUACCCAGACAGCUGUCCAGCCAUUUGGGAGGUUGGAUUUUGGUUUCUUUUAAAUGAAACAUCAGAGCAGAUGUUCAUCUACCAAACAAAGUUUCACAGUUGCAUACGUAAUGAUUAUUUUCUAAGCAUCAGUCACCAGUUCAUAGACUACCUUGCAGCUCCAAGUAUAUCAAGUGCUAUGUUACAUGUAAACAGACGGCAAUACAAGCAUGAUCAAAAUAAUUUGUAUAGCAUUGCUUUGGAGUGCAAGCUCCACUACUGAUGUACUUUCUGAGAGGUAAUACUUGUUGGUUGAACAGUUUUUCCUCUUAGUUUAUCCUUUUGGAAAUUGUAUGGUGUCAAGAGAAUGGCGACAGGGGAGGCAAUGGAACAAAUGUUUUGAGAGGGAAUUUCCAACUUAACCUCUUGUCAUUAUAUCACACAAUGAAUUCAUAUUAACCCCAUUGAUACCAAUACUAUUAUUAUUUGCCUUAUAAUUGAGCAAUGGUAUUGAAAUUUUCCAGUAUAUGUAAUAUAAAUACUACUGUUUAUCUUUGGAAUAAAAUAGCACUUUGGGAUAUCAGUUUAAUUUCUUCAUUGUUUGUCCUUCUUGUCUCUUAAAACUGAACUGUACCGUAGAGAAAAAAAUAAAGUACACAUAAUUCUGGUGCUUUUUAUGGGAUGGGAAGGAAUAGCAGUGUUCCUUCAAGUCCUUCUUUUUCCAUAAUAAGUGAUUGGGGCUCCUCUACCAAUCAAGGCGACUCCAGUCUGAAGUUUCUAACUUACGAAUAUGUAAGAUUUCACAGGGCAAGGCUGAGAUGACUGCUAUAAAAAACGACUCCAGUAGGUCCUAAGAAUUUUGAUAUGGCUUACCAUUAUUCUGUACGCUCAAGGCUUUAAAAAAAAAGCCUUCAGGCUGCUGAAACUCUCAAUACUAUGAUGACGGAGAAUCUAGAUGUAGGCACUGGUUUAGAAAGUUCAUGCUCUUCUGAAUUCUAUCAUUUGAAACAAAGAUUUUGUGAUACAUGCAAUGAGAGCCUGGCACGUAGGUAUUCAGUCCCAAUGAAUGCAUGUUAUAUAUGGAUACCACAGCCCAAGGACAUUAUUUUUUUGGUGGGUAGUACUGAAGUAUCUCUGGCUGACUUAUUUUUAGCCUUUAGAACAAGAAUUUCUUGAUAGUAGUUUAAAUAUGUUAGGGUGGUGUCAGCAAAUAUGUUACCUUUAGCCAACUGCUUUCCUCUGUCUCAGCUCUAGUCACUGCCAGCUAAUAUAUUUUCUGAAGAACCAUUUGUUUUACUUGGAUUCUAAAUGUUAAACCUCAAGAAACACAACAGAGAAAAGGACGAAGAGGAAAAAAUACCACGAGGGGAGCUUUCCUACCUUGUCAGAGGGAAGCAGUAUAGUUUAGUAGUUAAAAGGUUAGAAUUCAGCAUAGUGGUUAAAAGUCAGAGUCUAGAUUCAGUUACCAGCUCUGUCACUUGCUUAUUUUAAAAGUGACCUUGAGCAAGUUAUAACCUUCCUAAUCAUCACUUUCUUCACUUAUGAAAUAGAGAUAAUGAGAGUACUUAACUGAAAAUGUUGAGAGAAUUAAAUGAAAUAAUUAUGGUAAACAUUUAGCAAAAUACAACACUUAGUAAGUGCUCUACUCACCAAAAAAAAAAAAACAAACAAACACGCUAUAUCAUCAAAUCAAUUCCAAC